AUCCCUCCCAUCUUCCUAAUCAUAUUCAACACUUCAUUAAUUUCCAUUUCUUCCCCAAUUCUAUUACAAAAUUCUCUCCAGUAAUUUCUUUUUGCUUUUCUUACUUCUCUCCUCAGCCUGUGCUCUCUUGAAGUUAAUGUACUCAUUAAACAAUACUGAUUUUCUGGCAUUCUUCAUUGCUUUAUUUAUUUCCCUAACUGCCUCACUACACUCUUCAUUCCACCACGGACUGCUUUUCUUCUAUUUAUAAUUUUCUUUUUUCUUAUUACUUCCUCUGCAGUAUUCCUUAACACUUCCCUUAUUUUCUUACUUAAUUCUUCAAUGCCUUCAUUAUCAUCUACCAUUUCACACAUAUUGUUAUGACAUAAUUCUUAAAAAAAAGCUCCCAGUUGGCUGCAUUAAAUUUCCAUCUUGGAAUUCUCCCCACCAAUGUUUGGGUAAUGUCCACACCAACUUUACACCAUAUAGGAUAAUGAUCACUUACCAUUGUACUUUAUUUACAUACAUUCCAUUCACAAUUUCUAGCUAGAUUUUCUGAUACUAGAGUAAUAUCUAAAGUGGAUGUACACCCCUGAGUUAUGUUUAUUCUUACCAUUGUUAAUACAUACUUACUGUCCCCAAUCUAACAUUUCUUCCACAAUCAGCCCAUUAUAAUCGGUUUUAUAACCCCUAUAGUUUAUUAUGGGCAUUAAAAUCACCACACCAUAUUACUUUCUGAUUUGUGUUACCUCUUAUAUCUUCCAAUACUUCCUUGCUUAACUUUUCACAUGGAUUGUAAAAAUUAAUUACUUUAAUACUACGGUUCCCUUCCCAGAUUUCCAGCACUACCACCUCCUUGUCCACACUCUCAUCAACAUUCCUAUAUCCCACACCUUGUGUUAUAAAUGUAUAGCUAUCCCACCUCCAUUACCUUGUUUCCUGUUUUUCCGAAUUACCUCAUAUCCUUGUACAACAAAAUUAAACUGAGGUUUGAGCCCUGUUUCUUGCACACAUAUUAUUUCAGGUUUUUUUUCUAAAUCAGAAAUGAACUUUUUAAACUCUUGCCCAUUAGCUAUUAAGCUUCUCGCAUUCCACUGGAAUAUUAGCAGCACCGUUAUGUACCACCACAUCCCGGUUGAGUGUAUGUUGUUUGCAUCUUUAUUUCUCAUUAAUCAUAUCCACUGAAAUAUCACCGAACUUUUACCACCGACAAUGAAAACAUCAAGAUGUAAAUCACCUCGACUGCUCUGCGCAGACCGCAUGUCAAACGGCAGCAGCGUGAUCUCGCGAUACUUGGAUGUUUAACGCGAGCGGCUUAUUUAAUCGACCAGAUUCGUUUUAAAUAAUGCACUUAUUACGCUAGAUGGCGUCUUUUACACCCUAAACUUUAUUAACAGUCACUGAUUCGUGUCCUCUGCUUGUUAAACAUUUGCCUAAUGCUUUCAGCUGUUACAAAUUGACAACAUUACAAUUUAAAUGUAUUUUAUGUCUUUAGUUUAAUGGUUUAUGUUUAUAUUUAAGGAUUGCUUUGGUUUCCAUUGGUUACUAAUAUUGUCGAUGACGUCAGACAUCUACAUAAAUUGUUGACAGCGCGAGCAAGUGCCGGAGUUACUCGUUUGUAUUCUCGAUUACUUUUACAUUUGCGCUUUACAAAAAAGUACCAUAAAUACUUUAUUUAGUUUAGUAUUAAAGUAAGUAGGCUACUUUAUUGAAGUUUCACAUCAUGGGACAAGUGAACUGUGGAUGUUUGGGCCACGAGACUUCAGAUCCGGAAUGCAAUCAAACACUGGAGCAGUGUUGGGAACAAGAUCAGAGAGGAGCACAGCGUCAAGAUGACUCCACACCGACAAGUUCCAGACGUGACACGAAAAUGAGGAAGAUUAAGAAAAGAGCCAAAUAUUCAGAGCAACACGUGAACGUAUCUGAACACAAGAGAGAGAUGAAGAAGAUGCAGACUGACACCAAAACAAGUCCUGCGGUUCACAGAAAUUCUAGGAAGGAAUCCCGAGAUGCUUCUCCAUUGAGCAUCGAUACCUUGACACUUUCGCUAUCUCCUCCACCGAUACAAGUCGCUCCAUGGCCACCAGCUUCAGCAGCUGAGAGGGUAAAAUCCAGUCAUCCAUCAAGGCUGGAACCACUGGUUAUUCCUGUUGAUCCUCAACCCUCAACUGAAACACCUGGAAGAUCAGAGGUGAGACGUUCAAGGAGGAAACGGAGGAAGGACGCUGAAAACAUGGAUCAUGAAGUGUCUAAACCGUUGGUGAUACGUGUUGAUUCUCAACCUGCGAAUGCAUCAACUGAGAGAUCAGAGGAGAGACUUUCAGCAGAUAAACUGAAGAAGGGGGACAAGAAAACGGAUCAUGAAGUGCCUGAACCGCUGGCAAGACGUGUUUAUCCCAAACCAUCAACUUCAUCACCCGAGAGAUCAAAGAUGAGACGUUCAAGGAGGAAACUGAGGAAGGAGGCUGAAAACCUGGAUCCUGAAGGGUUUCAUCGAUCUGCCUCUGCCGACCCGAAUCCUGAACAGACGGAGGUGACAAAAUAUGAAGUUGGUCCACCAACACCUGCUCCAACAGCUGAGAGGGUAAAAUCCCGUCAUUCAUCAGUGCCUGAACCGCUGGUCACGUCACACUCUGAUCUCUUUACACGCCUGGUCCUCUUGGACAUUGAAGAUGAUGAUGAGGUGCAUAUCAUCUCUCCAUUUGUUAUGAAUGACACCAGACAGAGAAGACCUAAGCCCAAGAGGGAAAAACAACCAACGUUUUGUUGGGUGGAGGAGAACCAAGAGAGGCUGGAGAGUAAAAGAUCAGCGAAGAAAGUGAACAAUGCUAAAGACACGGACCAUGAAGGAUCAUCUCCUUACAUCCCAUACGAACAUACCGAGGCGAUAUCACUAUCAGCACCUUCAUCACAGUCUGAUCUCAUCCUCAUGGACAUGAAUGAUAACACCGAGUCUGAUGAGCCUGAGGUGAAGUUCAUCUCUCCAUUUGAGCUGAAGGACACCAGACACAGAAGACCGAAGUCCAUGAUAAAAGAUCAGCCGAUGUUUUGUUGGAUGGAGAGCACGGAGAUGCUGGAGAGUGAAACUGAAAUGGAUGAAUUCCAGCCAGAAGCUCCAGAGCAGCAGGAGACACCUGUGAAUAAAUACCAUCCAGAGAGCAACGCUGACAAACAACAAACCCUUCAGAAGGAGAAAGACGCUCAUGAAAACACCAUCAUGACAGGUCCUUAUGGUCCCGUUGGAGAUACCCAAGAUCACCUGACAGGUCCAGAGAAGACCAAAGCUGCCAGCAAUACAAAAGGAUUAUUUGUUCUUCAUCACUGGCUUGAGAAAAAGACCAAAAAACGACAGGAGGAGAAAAUGAGAAAAGAAAGGGAAAUAUCAGAAACACAGUUACUGCGUGAGAGAUACCUCAACAGUCCAGCAUUGAAGCAUUUGUGUGUAAAUAAGAACAACUCUUACUAUAUCCCGAAUCUCCUUCUGUAACUCACACUACUGUAACAGUAGUGACUCCUCAUCUGCUCCAAAUGAACCCUAAACCUCCUAUACAUAUCUUUUCUCUACAUGUGUGAAAAAAACUUAAGUGUUAUGUGCAAAAUUAUUUGGUUUAUGUGUGAUAUAAAUAAGUAAAUGUGUUAAAUAAUGAAGUAUAUGAGCAAAAUAAUUAAGUAUAUGUGCAAAAAAUGAAGUAUAUGUGCAAAAAAAAUGAUGUAUGUGCAAAAAAAAGAAGUUUGUGUGCAAAAAAAUAAGUAUGUGUGUGCAAAGAAAACUCCUGUACAGUUUGACUUACUCUGUGUGCAAUGAAUAAACUUGUCUUUGUUUAAAUACAAA